AUGCGUCCCGAGGCAGUGACUAAUGCCGACCAACUUAAACUUUUGAUGAAAUUAAAGAUUCUUAACUUCGAUCGAGAGAAAGAGAUAGUCUUGAAUACACGUUCCGAUAAUCUAGACCUAAUUGAGCUCGAGAGGGAAAUAGAUCCUUCGAGAGAAGAGCCCUCGCAGAUCUGUUUCCGUGGUGAUCAAAAGUUAUUACCAAAGGCUCAACCGCUUCCAUACGAUGGGAGCUAUCCAAGCAUUAGUGAUGAUUUAAGAAAUGACCUACCAGUAGGCCGAGAAGCUCUGAGAAGUGCGUUGCAAUUGUUGUCCAUGCCGAAGCCAAAGCAAAAAAAAAAAGACAAUAGGUUUUACGACGACAAUGCCUUUAGGAAAGCUUUACUAUCCGUGUUUUACCAUUUUUUUGAAGCUGCACGGUUUAUUGCCUUAGAAGAUGUGAUUGCCGACAACUUUGAGUUCGGAACAACGCUCACCGAAAAUCAAGUUAAUCUUGUAAGUUACUGGAAAAAAGCAAGUCGAUGUAUACUUCUCAACCUAAAAUUUGACCCUAAAGACGAGUAUCGGGAACAAAAGUUGAACUUAGGCAUUUUAAAGAAUUUUUCAAUUGCUAAUAGCCUGUUGUUGAAGAGCAUAAAAGGAUUAGGAAAUUUAGAGCCUAGUUUACUUUUGGUUUGA